AAAGCGACUAGUCUCUUCACGUCCUCAUCUCAUCUUCUCCUCCAAAUUCCUCUUCCACAUUUCCUCCUCCUCCUCUUCUUUCUCUCAAGAAAAUCAGUAGCUAGCCAUGGCGUCUUCUUCUUCUCUCAGGAGCACCAGCUGCCUCGCCUCCGCCGCGGAGACCGACGCCGACAACCUCUGCCUCCGCCUCGGCCCGCCGGGAAGCAGCAUCACCACCACCACCACCACCGGCGGCGCCGACCCGGCGGCGAAGAGGUCCCUCGGGGCGAAGCGGUCGCUGGAGAGCACGGACAGCAUGGCCUCCGGCACCGGAACUUCCGCCGCCGGCGACGAGCACGACGACGACACCGCCGCACCGGCCAAGGCACAGGUGGUAGGAUGGCCACCAGUGAGGGCAUACCGGAGGAACACCUUCCAUCAGGCCGCCGCCGCCGCCGCCGCAACCAAGAAGGGUGGUGAUGAGAAACAGAAGCAGCAGCAGCAGGGAGGAGGGCUGUAUGUGAAGGUGAGCAUGGAUGGGGCACCAUACCUGAGGAAGGUUGAUCUCAAGAUGUGCAAGGGCUACAGGGAGCUGAGGGAGGCACUGGAUCUCCUCUUCACCAAGUGCUUCUCUGCAACCGCCUCUGACGGAUGCAGCGAUGGCCAGUUCGCCAUUGCCUACGAGGACAAGGACGGUGACCUCAUGCUUGUUGGAGAUGUGCCCUGGGAAAUGUUCAUCUCUUCCUGCAAGAAGUUGAGGAUCAUGAAGGGCUCUGAAGCCAGGUGAUGGUCUGAUGGAUGAUCAAAGGAGACAAAUCACAGGCUAGGACACACCACAUGAGAAGAUGGAUGAUGAAUCAGAGAUCAUGAAUCACAUGGCAUGAGAUGAAUGGGAUCAAGAAGGGAGCAGAGGACUAGAAGAGCCCUGAUGGCUUGUGCUCUUCGUUGCUGUACAGAGAGAGUUUAGGCACUGCCUUGUUUCAGUGUUUCUGAAUCCAAGAGGGACAAGAUGUAUGAACUGUGUAUAUAGUCUUUUAAUUAGGCUCAUUUCUUUUUUCAGUUUGAGUUUUGUACUGUAUGAGCGAAGGCUGGAAAAUAUGAAAAAAGGGAGAAAUUUGACUUAAGCUUGGUCAUUUCUCCACACCAAAGA